AACAUAUUAUCGAAGGAAAAAAGUAAAGCUAUUGUAAAAAUUGUGCAUAUUUCUUGACGUGAAGCAUAAUAUAAGCUUGCUUCGGUAUUAACAAUUUAUUUUCAAGCUGUCCUGUAAAUUUUGACGUUAUUUAAAGCAUAACGAUUAAUAAUAUCAUGAAUAUAAUGGAUAUUAAAGAAAAUUCUGAAAAUGACCAUGUUGAAUCGUAUCAUGCUUUGUUGAUUGCAUUCAAAACAAUGAAAGAACGUUGCCAACAAUUGCAAACCAGAUUAGCUGUUGUAGAAGAAGAAAAUUUGUGUCUGAGAUUAGAAUGUGGGAAGGACAUGUCUACUGCAAUUAUAAAAGUCAAUGGUAAUGACAAAGCUGUAAUUCAAACUUUACAGGAAAAAGUAGAAGAUCUUAAAAAACAAAAAUCACAGCUUACACAUCAUGUUUUUAUGGUUGCUGCAGAAAAUCGUCACUUAUGGAAUAGACUAAUUAGGUUAACUAAAGCAAAUAAGUCUUUGGGAUUACAUUUCACUAAGAUUUCUGAUACAUUAAAACAGCAUUCUACUCAAUCAUUUGAUAUUAUGUCAUAUAGUUUUUGUAAUGUUCCAUCUCCUGUUAAACAAGAAACAAAUAAGAAUUGUACGUUGAGUUCAGAUAAUGGUGACAAGGAACAGAGUUUGGAAGAAAUAUCACUUAAACUUAUCAACAGUAUUAUGUUGGAAAAAACAAAUCUUGAACAGCAAUACGCAGAGAUGGUAGAAUUACAAAAUAAUCCUGAUUUAAAUUUACAAAAUAUUGGUUUUACUUAUCCGGAAGAUUCUGAUACUGACUCAUUAGAACAAUUAAAGCAACAUGAUGUAAGAUUGUCACAAACAAAAGAUGCUUUAUUAGCACAACAGAAUAGACUGAAAAGAACUAUACAGAAUUUGAAAAAGAUUAAAAGAGGAGAGAUUUGUAAUGGUUGCCGUAAAAAUGCGAAUAAAAAAGUUGUACACGUAGGAAUACAAUUUAGUUCUGGUGACAGUUUUCAAGAACAUGGUUCAACUCAAACAAGUUUACCACCUAUAAGUUUAUCUUUAGAGAAAUGCGCUAAUGAAAAUUCAGAUAUUGAUGAUAAAAUUUGUCCAUUAUGUGGAUCUUUCUAUGGAAAGUCUAUCGCAUUUGCAGAAUUUCAUGAACAUGUUUUGAGUCAUUUUACAAAAGACGUAUCUGUCGAUGGGUUUGAACUUAUUCAUUAAUCCUAUGUACAGAAAAGUGAGGAAAAGUAAUCCUAUCAAAUUUGUUGUCGAUUUAUUAACACAGUCUGAAUUACUGUUGAUAAGUACAAGUUAGUAAAAUAUGUAAAUAAUUGAUAACUCUCAAAGAUCUAUCUGCCUUAUUUAUAACAGUUUUCAAUCAAUGAAUUUUAUAACAUGUUAAUAUAUUAUUGCAUCAAUCUAUCCAGAAAGAAUAGCCAACAUACAAAUAUUUUAGUAUAGAUUGUAUAUUUGUAUCUUGCUUUUUGCAGGAUAUAAAAAUUAUUUACAAAUAUACUAAUUAUUU